GGUUCACAACUUCGAAGAAAACUCCGACCAGCCUUUUUACUGUUCAAUUUGAUUGCCCUUUUCUUUUUCCCGCUCGCUUCGACCCUUCCAUGGAAUUGCUCAUCAGCUGUUUAGCGCCAUAGAAACCUAUACUGGAAAAAUAUGGUUUGGGGCUUCUUCCCCGUCGAUCCUCUUUCAGGUGAGGAAAAAUUCUACAUUUUUGCACCUGGGAAGUAUAAAGUGGGUCGUAAAGGCUGCGAUUUGACUAUAACAAAAGAUAAAGGAGUUUCCCGCAUCCAUGCAGAAAUAGUUGUAGAUGCUAUGAUAUUUAUAAAUUCCCACAAGAGUUAUUUAUCUAAUGUUUCCUCUAAAGUGAGGAUUAGUGAUUGCUCCAAGUAUGGGACAUUUGUUAGCAGGAAAUCUGGGUUGAAGGAGAAAAUUCACGAGCUUCCAAAAAAAGAAGCAAGCUUGUAUGAUGGAGAUGUGAUUUCAUUUGGAUCUGGCAAUGCAACGUACAGGUUCUCCUUUGUGCAACUUGUGUUUUACGUUCACCAUUCAGUGUCUUUCCAAUUCCAGCUGCUGAGGGACAAGGUUUCAUCCAUAGGUGCUUCUACAUCUCAUGAUAUUCGGGAGUGUACGCAUGUGCUUGUAGAGGAACUGAUGCCUUUUGAUGAAGCUCUAGUUGACGCCAUAGUGGCUGAGAAACCUUUUGUUAUCACAAGUUGGGUUGAGUUAUUUGCAGGAAAAACCUCCUGUAACGAGAUUCCAUGCUUUGAUUCCUAUCAUCCAACAAUGACUGUGGAAGGGAUGCAUGUCAAAGUUGUGGAUCCAAACACUCGUAAAAACUGUUUGAGUGGAUACAUUUUUUUAUUAGGGUCGGCACAUAUGUACAAAUAUGGGGAUCGGUUGAAGAUGCUAUUACAACAAGUUGGUGGUGCAAAUGUUUUGUCUAUUGAGGACUUCUCUUCAGAUAGCCAAAACGAGGACUUUGGUAAUGGAGAAAAUGAACGGGUAGUAUUCAUUAUUCCUGGAGGAUUAGCAGAAAAGUUGGGUUCAUCCUAUAAGGUUGAUUCUUAUUAUAAAAUAGCUGAGUUGGUUUUGAUAUCUUCUGUUUUGAGUGGAAAGCUGGACAGAGACAAUUUGAUAUCACCCUGUGAACCAGGUUCCUCUACAUGCUCCACUGAUGAAACCGUGGUAGCAGAAUCCGAUCUCGAAGCAGAAACCGAUAAACCAGUUGCUUCUAAUGUCCAAGGUUCAGAUGAACAUUUAGGCAUACCAGAUGAACAUUUAAGCAAACCAGAGGACUAUUUAAGCAAACCAGAGGUGUCCAUCGACCAUGCUGCUUCUGGAUCAGCUGGGGACCAUAAAACAUUCAGAAAUAGUUACAGUGGAGUCAAAAUGAGAAACGACCAGGUCGAUGAAUCUGACAACAGCAAUAUAGACAUUAUUUUCACCCAAAAUUUAAUCGUGCAACACGUGAUGAAACCCUCAUCAAUAGUUACUGCAGAAGACGGUGGAAUUACGAACUUCAAACGCUUCAGGAAGACAGAAACUCACUCUGGGAAUAGCUUUUAUAAUCUUGUUCCAUUUGAUAAGUAUCCUUACAAGGAUAACGGUGAUGGAAGGGAAGAAAUUGCAGAAUCCUUGAAAGAGGAAAGAAAGCGCAAGGAAAUGGAAGCUAUAUCUGAAGAUUUAUUUAAUAACGAAAAGGGACGACGUCGUGGAAUGGCCGGUUCCCUUCAACAGCUCCUUACUCGUUCUUAGAAACAGGUAUCCAUAUUUGCAUCAAAGAAUUCUGUUUGUGUUUGCCUCUACUUUAUUAGAUAACUUGUUCUCUUUUGCACACAUUUGCAUGAUAUUGUCGUCAAUCAUGAUCAUAUUUACCUCUUCUAACAUUUAACUUGUGUUGUGGUAACAUACUUACACGAGCAUUUGUAGCUAUGUUAUCUCUAAGGAUUCAACA